AUGUGGACAUAUGGGCGUCAUAUUAUGUGUCCCAUGCAGAUUUUUGGGCUUCUCGCUGGACGCUGGCUGUUCAACCCACAAGAAGGCCAAACUUGGCGUAUCGAAAAUCUGACCAAGACAGCGGAGGUGAUGGGGGAGAAUUCCUCCGAGAAGACCCUAGCGAGGUCCCGCAAGCGUGAUGAAUGCCUUGACGAGAGUACCAUAUCAGGGAAGUUACUGCGUAUCGAGCAACUAUUCCCAAUGACUCUCGAGAGCGCAAUGAUCAAGUCCAGCCUGUCGGAAGCAGAGGCGGCUGCAACUACAGCGUUCAUCCAUGCAUGUUUGCACUUGGAUCCAGAAGAACGAUUUUCGGUCAGUGACUUGCUUGAACAUCCAUGGCUAGAGUCUGCAUAUAUGUGCUUAUUACGCGCGCUGGGUAUCUUGAACAACGAUAAAGAACGUGCAGAACUGGCUAUUUGA